UGGGGUGGGACCCCCUGGUGUUUCCGCUCUCUCAAUGCCCAUUCUGUGUGGGUUCCUGAUUCUCUGUGGGUUCUUUCCUGCUGAGGACAAUUCUCUUCCUGUCCCAGGCUGAGAUUGGGGGGCUGAGCCCAGGGCCUCAGUGGUCUGUGCCCCAGCUUCAUGGAAGGAAUGUCCUUGCCACCCCCAGGCCAGCCCAGGGGGCUCAGGGUCAGGGCGGCAGUCUGGAGUCAGGAGGUCAUGGGGUCCCGGGCUGAGCUGUGCACUCUCCUAAGCGGCCUCUCACUCCUCCUCCUGAUGUCCGGCCACGGGUCCAAGGGUGGAUCCCCCAGAGAGAGUCAGGGGGUCUGCUCCCAGCAGACGCUGCUGGUCCCGCUCCGUUACAACGAGUCCUACAGCCAACCCGUGUACAAGCCCUACCUGACCCUGUGCCCGGGCAGGCGCAUCUGCAGCACCUACAGGACCACAUACCGCGUGGCGUGGCGGGAGGUGCGGCGGGAGGUGCGGCAGACGCACGCCGUGUGCUGCCAGGGAUGGAAGAAGCGGCACCCGGGGGCGCUCACCUGUGAGGAAGGUGACCCCUCCCUGUUGUAG